AUGGGGAGGAUCAAGAAAGCCGCCACAGAGCGGCAUACAUCAACACUCUCGCCGUUCGUCAGAGACUUCGUGCAGCGAGCAAUAGAGACCCCGCUCCAUCAGCUACCUGCACACUUGAGCACCUUUCCGCAGCAGUGGCCUCUGCCGCGUGGCGAUCUCUACCACUGGAUACCACUGCUGGACCGAUUCGACCAUGUGCUGGAGCUAUUCAACAGCGAGUACGCCCUCACUGAGGGACCACAGACACAGCCAUUCGAGCGACGGCUGCUGCACAAAGGCGAUGGCGAGGAGGGCAUGCCUUAUCCAUCAAUAGGUGCUAAAGAUGAAGAGCUGGAUGCGGCAGCAUUUUCGGGCGAGGGUGAUCGCGAGCUGAUCGAGACGGUAUUGCAUUUCACGAGGGUGCUCCUUGAGCACUGUGGCAACCGCAGCUUGUACGCCAGCAGUACUCAUGUCAACGACUUGCUUCAUACAACAUCCUUGACGCUGCUACAGCAGUGCCUCAAGCUGAGCCUGCGCCUUGCACAGCGCUACCAAGUCGCCCGAUACAAGAAUCACCAUCCAAGUGCUCAGGCAGUGCUUCUUGCGAAUCACUACAACCUCAACAUCGAUAACUUGCAUAAGAUUGCGAUGCCGUUUCCAAAGCCUUACAUGUCGGGCCCUGUCCCAGGAACAACACCUGGUAAGGGCAGAGAGAAGGCGUCACAGACCGCAGUCUUCAAUCCCUCGGACUUGGUCUCCAUUGCAAAGGAUUCGAUCGCACCUUCGACAAGAAACAACAUGUCGAGCGUUGCCCUCACCUACUACGAGUCGGCGCCGCCCUCGCAUCCGGCGCCAUCAUACCAGGCCACCGAGGCUUCGCCCGCCACCCCAACGCCUGCGAGGAGAACCUCAAAUCUUGGUCCGUCGAGAGAACGUCCUUCACCUGGCGAUAGGAGUGUCAGCGCGAACGAUGUCUCCGCCACUCCAAGCAAGUCGCGCGAAGUCGAUGGUUCAGCAUUAAAUGCACAUAAACUAUUCCACAUAUCGGCCAGCAGAGUGGGCGCUUUGCCUGCUUGGGAAUUGCUCAAGGAUGCUUUACCGGCUGUGCCAACGGAUAUGCGUUACGAGCUUCUCGCUCGCGUCAGGAUAGCCAAGGCAUUUGCAUCACAAGAGGUCACUCCGCAGCAACUCCUGGAGCUACGGCUGCUUGCUAUUGCAAAUCUGGCGUAUGCUCUUACAGAUUCCAAGUUUCAAGAACGUGUUGGUACACCAGAUGCUGAAGAGCCACGGCGCUUCCACUUGGCAUCGCAACUAUGUGACCUUCUGCAACCUGCGACCGCCAAGCAAACAGCGCUCACGUUGCAAUCCAAGACUGCGGUGCUCAUCACACUUGAAGCAUUGACCAAGACCCGACAAAAGGCCUCCGAAGUGGCAGAUGCCCUCGCAAUCACUGUGAACCAUGGAGUCCUGUACUAUGAAAUCCGCAAGCUCAUUUCAAGCCUCGGUAUGAACGAGCAUUCCGACGACCGGGCAGAACUACAGGAGGUAGAAUGGCGAGACACCAUCUUCGAUCUUAUCAGCAGUUUACUGCAGUCCAACGCGCAAGCGAGGUAUGGUGAGAAGAUGGUGCAAGCCGGCAUCAUUGGCAUACUCAUUGAAGCUCUAACCCUUCGCACCGGUCGAGCAGAAAAGUUCCAUGAGCGCGUGCUUCAGUUCUUCGACACCUUCACCAACCAGAUACCUAACGCUUUUCAGACUCUAGCUCAGGUCAAGGGUCUGGACAUCAUUGCCGAUCUGACAUCGUACGAGGUGGAUGCAUCGCUCGAGAACGCUCGCAAUGGCAAGGGUCUGCCAUCAGAGUUCAAGUCAAAGGUCGUUGAUUACGAAAUCCCCUUCUAUCAACAGUCCACCUUGCGACAAGCUCUCAAGAACACCGCGCAUAUGUUUGAGAACAACACAGGCACUCACGACCGGUUGCUCAGGAAUCUUAUCGACACGCCGCAGAUCUUGGGCGCGCUUCGAAAUGUUAUCGAACACGCCAAGGUCUUCGGCUCGAACGUGUGGUGGUCGGCGGUAAUGAUCAUCAGCCACUUCAUCCAUAAUGAGCCCACAAGCUACCAGGUCAUUGGCGAGGCAGGCCUCAGCAAGAGUCUGCUCGAAUCCGUCACGGGCCAGAAAGUGCCGGAUGAGCUACCUGCCACCGCUGACAUCAAACCGGUCAGUGCCACGCAAGGCCUUGAAGUCGAAGCCAGUGGAGAGCCCCUUUAUCCCCAAAUCGACGGUGUUCUCCCGGUGGGCGAUGUGAUGACUGCCUUGCCAAAUGCGUUUGGCGCCAUCUGCUUGAACGAGGCCGGCAUGCGGCUUUUCCUCGCGUCUGGCGCCAUCGUCAAGUACUUUGAUCUUUUCCUAUCUCCAGCACAUGUGCGUGCCAUGGAAGAUGAAGGCCAGCACGCCGCCAAUAUUGGUCAAGCCUUCGACGAGCUCUCUCGACAUCACCCAAGCCUCAAGCCACACAUCAAUGCUGCGGUCUUCAAUAUGCUACGGCGUCUGAAAGAUCUUUGUAACAUCAUGGCAAAGCACAUGCACCACGGCACGAAGCUGUGGGAGAGGGUAGACGGCAAGCUUCGUGUCGCCGGAGGCCAAGGAGCUAUGCAAGGCGCACCUCAUGCGGACUUUGACAAGGCUCUUUCUGGAUCUUACGAAUUCCGGCCUGGAAAGGAUUCUGCGCCCAUUGACGAUGACGGAACAGAAGACGAGCGCGAGUACGCACCCGCCAUUCCCUUCAUGAGCGCUUGCUUCAAGUUCUUGGAUGCUUAUUUCCACAAUAGCGCCAUGUGCAGCGCCUUUUGCGAUGACGCUGGAGUCGAAAUACUGCUGGAUGUCGCGAUGUGCGCUGCUAACCCGUACGACUAUGUGGCCCAUCCGCUGUUCAACAAGAUCGCGCAAGUCUUCAAAGCUUUAUGCGAGGCUCGUCCACAAGCUGUACUGCCUAGCAUCAUCAGGCGCACACAAUGGGCAACCACUGGGCUCAAAGAGCUACGUGACUGCCAGAGUCACAACAGCGCAUUUGCCAGCUUCAUCGAACUGUCCGGAACGACAGCUGCAGACUCUUCAUCCCAGGAUGGAGUUGAUGCCACCUCGAUGGCCAAAAGCCUCGUCAACACACAUCUGUUCACCCAUAUUCUAGGCAGAGUCCUGGCACCCCCACCAUAUACUCUUCGGCACGGUAACCAGAACAAUCAUCUGUUCUCGAGUUUGAACUUCACAGAGAUUUACGUCGAGCUCAUUGACGGAUUGAGCAGAGUUCAUGCAACAUGCGUCUGGGAACAGCUCCUUGUAACGUCAGGGCUAUCUGAUGAGCAGAAGCGGCGGACCGACCCUAAACCUUUCAUCAUGCGUCGUGUGGAUGCCAACGGUAGGGUGGAAGUAGCCGCGGAGAAGCAUGCCGAUGGUUUACGGGCCUCUGCCUCAGAAUCCAAUGGUGACAGCACAAGUGCUCAGAGGAGUCGUGAAGAUGUGCUCGCUGAGAAGAAUCUGAGGGUCAUCCGCUAUCUCGUGAGUCAAGUCCCUAUGGGCAUCGAGUCGUUCUUCUCUUCGCUCGGGCAAGCAAUUGUGACGAAGCGCAUGGAUGCGAACACCAAGCAACACGCAAUGCUCGUUGCAGAGCACCUGGCGAAGGCGCUGAUCUGGGAGCUUGGUUUCCGCCGACACGACCCAGAAGACAAGUCAAUGGGUAUCCGCUAUCUUGCUCCCAUGCUUGUCAAGUUCAGCAGAGUCGUCCUGCGCAACUCUCUCUCGAUGGAACCGUAUGGAACCAAAGAAGCACUUGCUCUAGUUCUUGCCAAGUUCUACACCAACGGUGGGUUUGACAAGCUGAACGAUUAUCUCGAUCAUUUGAUGCAGCUUCUGGCACAACAGCAGGGACAGAACAACGUUGAGCCACAUGUCAGGGAUGCUGUGCACCAACUCUUGGGCUUCUACGGCCAAGUAGUGCGAACCAAAUGCAUCACAGAGACUACACAGACCGGUGCGAUCACUGUGAGAGACCAUAACCUUCCGGACUACUUUACACCUGCACAGUUUCUAGUCGAGCUACGGCACGCAAUCAUCCCGGCCAUCAGCAAGAUCUGGCACUCGGAAAACAUCGAGCAGCUCGAAGACCGUGACAUGCGAGCCGUCGUGGACAUCUUGCGCAUCAUAUUAAAAGCCGAUGGCGAAGAGAGGGCGCUGCGUCGAAAUCAGCGUGCCAGUCGACGGGUGCCUGCGAACAAAGUCGAAUUCAAGCUUCACAGCAAGGAUGGCCUCGACAGACUUGUCAACGCCUUGGGUAUCAGCAAUGAGCUCAGCCGCGAGGCGCUCUACAGAUGCAGCAGCAGCGGACCUGCCUCUGAAGCAUAUGCACGACUUCGUAAUGAUCACGAAGAAGUUCCUCGUUUCCCUAUUCCGGAUGAUCCUGCGCCCGCAGACCCAAGCGGUGCAUCCGGUCUACGCCAAGCCGCUGAUGGUGACAGCAGACCUGACGUGGAGAUGUCCGGCGCAUCUAAUGCGGACAGUGGACAUCAGCCUUCUGCACUGGAUUCAACCAACAGUCAUGUGAUGGCACAAGAAGCACCAGGCGGAGAACCACCGCUUUCCAUGGAUGCAAACGGCAAUGCACAUCUUACGCUGUCGUCGGACAACGACCUCAUAUCAGAUGAAGAAGAUGCCAACCAGGGCUCCCUCGGUCACCUCCCACCAGGACUGACCGAGGAUGAUCUGAGCUCCAUGAUAGACUCAUCUGUUCUGGCGUCAUUCAAACUUCGUGCUCAAGACACAAAGGAACUGUAUGUCACAGCCGAUGACUUGGAAGACAGGCGUAUAGAGGUUCGUGACGACCUUGUCGAUCGCUGCCUGGAUGUGCUGAGCACUCAGCCAGCCCUGACGUUUGAGCUGUCGGACUUGAUACAAGCAGCAGUCGCAAAGACUGGAGAGGGUGCAAAUCCGCGACAAGAGAUCGGCGUUACUCUCGUAUCCUCACUGAUGUCUCUGCAAGCAGAAGAGCCCAGCAAGGAAGCUGGCCGUAAGAUCCACGCCUAUGCACACUUGGUGGCUUUGAUAUUGCAAGACCGUGACUUCUUCGAUUCCACCUUGGACGAGUUGAAGGAGUAUUUCGACAAUCUGGUCAGCUGGGUCCGACUCGAGCCGGAUCAAAAGGUCGAAGAUGCACCUUGGAUUGAGAUGAUUUUGCUCAUCAUCGAGAAUGUGCUGGCAGAAGACGAGCAGCCCAUCGAGAUCGAAUGGGAAGCGCCGCCUGCAGAUGAUCCACUGAAGCCAAUGCCUGUGCCACCACUCCCUGAGCCAGUCGUGGCUCAAAACCUCCGCUCCGAGCUAUUUGAUUCCAUGAUCGAUAUACUGCCGAAGAUUGGCAAGAAUGUCACGCUAGCACUUUCUGUAUCUCGCGUCUUAGUCGUCCUUACGCGGAAGCGAGACCUGGCGGAGCGCCUCAGCGACAAGCAACCUAUGAGCAGGUUGUUCCUAAUGAUCAGGCAGCUUGCUGGACACGUUGACGAGAAGCUUCAAGCAUCACUUUUGCUCCUUUUGCGACAUAUGAUCGAAGACGAUGACAUGAUACGACAAAUCAUGCGCACGGAGAUCAGGGUCACGCUCGAGAAUCAUCGCACAGGCCGCGCGCUCGAGACCGGCAGCUAUUGUCGCUCACUGAGUCACCUGGUGCAUCGUAACUCACGGAUCUUCGUGGAAGUAACUCAAGAAAUGUUGGAGAUCGUACGCUUCGAUGGCCAGACUCAUCGGCCACAAGGCCUUGUCCUGAAGAAAGAACGCGAGUCUGGCUCCGAUGCGCAGCCCACACGCGGGCCUGGCGAUGAUACCUCAGCCGAGGCUCAACCGGACGAAAAUGGAGGCUCUUCUGCGCAGAAGCCGUCUGAGCCUAAGGCACCCAGCGUGGAGACAACAGAUGGUGUGGUGAAUUUUCUGUUGCGGGAGCUCACCAACUACAAGGAUGUCGAGGACAAGCCUCCGCAAAGCUCAAAAGACAGCACCAAGGAGACGCUUGUUGGCGACGCUGCAGUCUCAGAUAUCGAGAUGACAGAUGCCACCCCAUCAGGCAGUACCAGCGCCAGCUCCACAACGCCGUCAGCAGAGCCAGGCGACAAGUCUGGCAAGCCGGUGAGCUUCAAAGCCGAAGAACAUGCAAUCUACGUCUACCGAUGCUUCAUCUUGCAGUGUCUUGCAGAACUUGUUAGUUCCUACAACAGGACGAAAGUUGAAUUCAUCAACUUCUCUCGGAAGAUGGAUAGUCAGCCGUUGACCCCAUCAAAGCCGCGAGCCGGCACGAUUCAUUACCUGCUGCAAACGCUCCUGCCGGUCGGCACUUUAGAGCAUAGGGACGACGUGGCUCAUCGCAAGAAAGUCGCAACUUCAAAUGCGGCGACACAACUCUUGGUGGCCCUAUGCGCCAAGACACCUGAACAGCUGACGAAGAAUGCCCGCAUGAUUGAGUUGGGUUCGACUGGGUUUGCAGAACAAGAGACAGAGCUGACUUUUGUUCGGAAAUUCGUACUUGACCACGCUCUGCGUGUCUUCAACGAGGUCACGAAAGACCAGCGCGAGUCGCUUGAUCACCGAUAUUCACGGUUGCUGUCGUUGGGCGAGCUCUUCAAUCGAAUGCUGAAUGACAAGGCCGACCUGCAAAGAUCAAAUACCGUCGCUCAAGGCUAUUAUGGUGCCCAGCAGCAGAUGGCGAGGCUCAUGAUCGAGAAGAACUUCAUCGCCACGCUCACGCAAGCACUUGCCGAACUCGAUCUGAACUUUCCGAAUGCCAAGCGAGCUGUGAAGUACAUACUGUCUCCGCUCAAGCAACUCACGGAGAGAGGCGUCACCUUGAGUCAAACUUCCGAAUUAUCUUCCACCGAAGGGACUGGGACAAGUGCCGAUGAGGACGAUGUCUCCAGCUCCGAAACAGACCAGACCGACGAUGACGACGAGCGUGAGCAGACUCCAGAUCUCUUUCGAGGCUCGUCGCUAGGCAUGUUUGAAGCUCGGCAGCACGAUGACGAUGAAGACGACGAUGAGUCUUCGGAUUCCGACGAUGAAGAAGAGGACUAUGAUAUGGACGACUACGAAGAGGGUUACGACGAGGAAGAAAUCCCAGACCAUGGCGAAGUCGUCAGCGAUGAAGACGAAGACGAUGAGCUUGGUGACAUGGGUGAGAUCGAAGGUAUGCCUGGUGACAUUGAGAUCGAAGUUGACAUGGGCGAUGAUGGGGAAGAUGAGUCUGGUAACGACGACGACGAGAUGUCUGACGAUGAUGAGGACGGUGGUGAUACGGAUCCCGAUGGCGAAGCAGACUUCGGCGACCAAAUGGACGAGAUAACUGGUGACGACGACAACGCCAGCAUUGGCGAGCAUGAGAUGCUUGCUGAGGACGAGGCCGACUGGGAAGAUGAUGGUAUGGACUUCGGAGAACCUGGUGACGGCGGCUCACCUCACGGAGGACCGUUGGAACACAUCGCACAAGUCCUUGGCGGUGAAGACCCAUCAGACCACGGGGAUCUUGACGGGAUCGUGAGAAUCGACAUAGGUGGCGGCAACGAAGAAGAGUUCUUCGAGGACGAACUAGCCCCAGAAGAUGACGAGGACGAGGAGGACGAGGUUGACUUUGCCGAGGACAUCGUGUACGAGCCAGAGAUAGAGGACGAGGAAGAAGAUGACCAGGAAGGCGGGUGGGCAUGGGAUGGCCAUCCUCCUGCAGCGAUGAUCCGAGGAGCGCAUCACCACCACCACCGUCACCACCACGAUCUAAACCACAUGCUCGGCAUGAUUGGUGGCGGCGGCGAGUUCAGGCCUACCGGGGCUAUGCGCUCGCAUCGCGCAACGCCAAACGCCCGCGAUGAGGAUGGCAUCAACCCACUGCUCCAGCGUGACGGCGGCGUAGGAAGAAAUGUCCAACGCGACCGUGACGCAGGAGAUAUGCCUGCUCGUUUUACUGCUCGUCGCGCCUUUGGAAUGCCUCGUGGCGACAAUGGUCUGCCCGAGAUCUUAUCUCACAUCGGCCACGCAGGGCCCGGAGGUGUGAUCAACAUCAAUGUCGACCCAGGCGCGAUGCAUGGCUUGGCUGCCUUGCCGCCGGUGUUCGGCAUCCAAGCAGGCGGGCGUGGAGCUCCUCGCGGCAUGAUUGAUAUCGACCCUACUCGACCUUGGCGAGAUCAGCUUCUCGGGACGUGGCCUCAAGUACUUCCGGGCAGUCGCAUCAAUGAACGAGGAACAACACACAACGAGGAAGCUCAGGCUGUCGACUUCCGCCCCAGCUCGACUGUCAACCGCUGGCACGAAGAAGCGCGUAUGCUCUUCCCAGGAGGCAAAGCCGCGGAGAAGGCUGGACGGAUAAUCUCUGCCGUCCUUCGUGCAUUGGUACCUGCCGCCAUGGAGGCAAAGCGUAUUCAAGAGCGAGAAGAGGCCGAACGCAAGGCUGCCGCCGAAAAGGCUGCGGAAGAAGCACGUAAGAAAGAGGAAGCCGAGAAAGCGGAACGUGAGGCUCAGGAGAAGAAAGAACGUGAAGCGCAGGAGGCUAAAGAGCGCGAGGAAGAAGAAAUUCGUGCUCGCGAGGAAGCGGAGCAAGCCACCGAGCACGCACAAGAAGAGGUGCCUAAGCAGAUGGAAGGUGUAGAGCAACAGUCAUUGGCCGCGCCUGCCAGUGAGGCACCCGCAGAGAGCGCACCCGCCAACGAGUCUUCCGCUGAGCGAGUCACCAUUACGAUCAGAGGUCGCGAAAUGGACAUUACCAACCUCGGCAUUGAUCGCGAAUACAUCGAGGCCCUACCGGAGGAGAUGAGGGAAGAAGUCGUCAUGUCGCAAUUUCAACUACAGAGGUCCCAGCAGAUACAGUCUGGCGAGAACCCAAGUGAGAUCAGCCGUGAGUUCUUGGAAGCUUUGCCAAGAGACAUCCAGCAAGAGCUGCUGCGCUCAGAGCAGGCAGAGCGCCGACGGAGAGAGCGCGAUGAAGCGCGUCGCCGUGAGCGAGACCAAGGUGCACAGGCGCAGCCAGAAGAUAUGAACAAUGCCGACUUCAUGGCAAUGCUUGAGCCAGCUCUUCGUCAGGCCGUAUUGAUGGAAGCCGACGAUUCUGUCCUCGCCGCAUUGCCAGAUGAUCUUCAAGCUGAAGCUCGCGCGUUGUUUGGUGAUCGACGCAUUCCACGUGCAGACCGGCGAGGGCUAGAAAGCGCAGGCGCUCGAGUUCUGAACGGUCCUGCUGCAGCACGCGCGGACGCUGCGGAACGCGAGCCCAGCAGACAACGACGUCCAGUUGCACAACUUUUGAGCAAGUCGGGCGUGGCCACGCUGCUGCGACUGAUGUUCGUGUCAUUGAACAACAAGUCGAAAACCAACCUCCACAGCAUCCUGUCCGAGGUCAGCAAGAACACGACGAAUCGUGCGGAGGUCAUCAGUAUCCUGCUCUCAAUUCUUCAGGAUGGCACUGCCGACGUCAAUGCUGUCGAGCGUAGCUUUGCGCAGCUGUCGUUACGUGCGAAGCAGCCAGCUGAAGACAAGAAGCCAUCUGUAACUCCUCUAAAGCGCACGAACACGGGUCAGGCAGGCGUGAUAGCGCCGAGCACCGAGCUGUCACCCUUGAACAUUGUUCAGCAAUGUCUCGGAACACUCAACGCUCUUGCUACCGACAAUGAACGUGUAAAGUCAUUCUUCUUGAACGAGCAUGAGACUACCACCAGCCAGAAGAUCAAGACCGCCAAGAAGGGCAAGGGGCGCGAGAGCAAGGCUGCUAGGUACCCCAUCAAUGCUCUCCUUGCAUUGCUUGAUCGCAAACUCAUCACCGAGAACAUCACGGUGAUGGAAACUCUGGCGUCCUUGCUCGUGCAGGUCACCAAGCCGCUGCAGCUUUUGGUCAAGCGCGCCAAGGAAGCCCAGGACGAGUUGGAGAAGGCCCAGACCGGUGACAACACCGCCACCGAGAGCGCUGAGCGACCUCAGACAAGCACUUCCGACGUGCUGAUGCAGGAGACUACAACAGACGUCGUGCCAAGUGCGGGCCAGGCUCCCGCUGCUUCUGCUGAGGCGCAGACUGACGAAGGGCAAGCGAAGGCUGAGCUAGAAGCGGAGCCAAAGAAGAAGAAGACACCUCUUCCGCCCGAUGUUCCCGAAGAGAACAUUCGACUAGUGGUCAACAUCUUGGCUGCUCGUGAAUGCCCAAGCAAGACUUUCAGCGAUACCCUGGAUAUCAUUAAGAACCUUUCAGCGGUCCCUGGCGCAAAAGAGGUCUUUGGCAAGGAACUCAUCCGACAAGCACAAGAGUUGAGCCAAGAUCUUCUUGCAGAUCUAGAGGAGCUGUCCAAGCAGAUCGACUCUGCACAGACCGGCACAGACCUUCAAGGCAUGGCUUUGGCGAGCUUCUCGUCUGCCGGCUCGAAGCAAAGGAAGCUUCUACGUGUGUUGGUUGCAUUGGACCACCUCUUUGAUCCCAAACGAACUCCUACCGCACAGACAUCGAUUUCACCAGGGCCUGAAAUCGACCAAAAGCUCAAGGACGACAUACUGGCCACAUUUUACGAGAGUGCUACUUUCGACAAGCUUUGGCAUAGCCUCAGUGUCUGUCUCACUGCUAUCCGUGAACGUGGCAACAUGGUCAACGUUGCGACUAUCCUGCUGCCUCUUAUCGAAGCUCUGAUGGUUGUGUGCCGCAACAGUGCUCUCAAAGAAACCUCGCAAACGCUGACGACACCACUCGAUACGACCGUCAGUACACCACCGCCAGAAGCACGGAUGGAGGGUCUGUUCUUCAAUUUCACCGAGGACCAUCGCAAGGUUCUCAACGAGCUCAUCCGCAACAACCCGAAGCUCAUGAACGGCAACUUGUCCGUUCUUGCCAAGAAUUCCAAAGUUCUGGAGUUUGACAACAAGCGCAACUACUUCAGUCGCAAGCUUCACGAUCGGCGAGCUGAAGUGCGAGUCUCGCAUCCAUCUCUGCAACUCAGUGUGCGGCGUGAUCAGGUCUUCCUUGACUCAUUCAAGUCCUUGUACUACAAGACAGGUAAUGAGAUCAAGUACGGCAAGCUGAACAUCCGCUUCCACGGUGAAGAGGGUAUCGAUGCUGGCGGUGUCUCACGCGAAUGGUUCGCCGCCAUGGCUCGUCAAAUGUUCAACGCCGACUACGCAUUGUUCAACCCCGUUGCGUCUGACCGCACGACCUUUCACCCAAAUAACCUCAGUGAGGUCAAUCCCGAGCACUUGUUGUUCUUCAAGUUCAUUGGUCGCAUCAUCGGAAAGGCGCUCUACGAGAACCGUGUGCUGGAUUGUCACUUCAGCAGGGCUGUCUACAGAAAGAUGCUGGGCAAGAAUGUAUCUCUGAAGGACAUGGAGACCUUGGACCUCGACUACUACAAGUCACUGGUGUGGAUCCUGGAGAACGACAUUACCGACGUUGCUUUUGAGACCUUUUCCGUUGACGUGGACAAAUUUGGCGUCACUGAGACGAUCGAUUUGGUGCCCGGUGGCCGCGACAUUUCCGUGACGGAAGACAACAAGCAAGACUACGUCCGUCUGGUGGUGGAGCACCGUCUCAUCAAGUCUGUACAGCAGCAGAUCGACCACUUCCUCGAAGGCUUCCACGAGAUCAUCCCUGCUGAGCUGAUCUCUAUCUUCAAUGAGCAGGAGCUAGAACUGCUCAUUUCCGGUCUGCCUGACAUUGACGUUGACGACUGGAAGAACAACACGGACUACACCAACUAUCAGCCGACAUCGCCGCAAAUCCAAUGGUUCUGGCGAGCAGUCCGCAGCUUUGACAAGGAAGAGAAGGCGAAGCUGCUGCAAUUCGUCACAGGCACCAGCAAAGUGCCUCUGAACGGGUUCAAGGAACUUGAGGGUAUGAAUGGGUUUGCCAAGUUCAACAUCCACCGCGACUACAGCAACAAGGAGAAGUUGCCAUCAAGUCACACUUGCUUCAAUCAGCUUGAUCUCCCCGAGUACGAAAGCUACGAACACCUCAGACAGCAGCUAUACACUGCUAUUACCGCUGGAAGCGAAUACUUUGGUUUUGCUUAG